CCUGCUCGCUUUAGACCCCGGCGCGGGCCCGGAGGCGGGCGCGUUGCUGACGUCAUGCGCGCGCCGGAAGUGCCUGCCUCGGAGCGGCGACGAACAGACUACCACAUUUACCGAGACUCCCGGCGGCCCAGAGUUGCACACACAGACCAGGCCUCUCACCACUCCAUGGGAGCCUGCGUGGCAGCAGCCUGGAACCCAGAGCCUUUCCCGGAGCCGGCACGAUCCGAACGGAAGCCGAUGCCGCACAGAGCGCCCGAGGUGCGACCCAGCCAGGACGCAGCUGCCUUUUGAGAGGCCCGCAUGCCUCCGCGUCCCCCCGGGGACCGCCGGGACUCAUUCUCUUGGCAGACUUGUGGCCAGCCAAAACUGCCAUGCUCCACAUCCCCGUUAUCCUUGGUUACCGCCCGAGAUUGGCUCACAGAAGAGAUGAAAUGUGGUCUGAAGGACGACAUGACUACGAAAGGCUUCCAAGAGAACGAGCACCUCCUCGAAAUCACCCCAGUGAUGGCUACCAUAGAGUAGUUAAUAUUGUGACAAAGAAACCACCACUGCUAGACAGACCGGGUGAAGGAAGCUACAGUAGAUAUUACAGUCAUGUUGAUUACCGAGACUAUGACGAGGGCCGCAGUUUUUCUCAUGAUCGAAGAAGUGGUCCACCUCACAGAGGAGAUGAAUCUAACUAUAAAUGGACAAGAGAUGAUCAUUCUGGAAGUCGUCAGCCUGAAUACAGGGACAUGAGAGAUGGCUUUAGAAGAAAAAGCUUCCAUGCUUCUCAUUAUGUGAGAGACCGGUCUCCUCAUAAAAGAGAAAAUCCGUUUUUAAGAGAAUCACCUGUUGGCAGAAAGGAUUCUCCACACAGCAGAUCUGGCUCCAGUGUCAGUAGUAGAAGCUACUCUCCAGAAAGAAGCAAAACUUACUCUUUCCAUCAGUCUCAACAUCGAAAACCCGUGCGUGCUGCUGCUUCCUACAAACGGCAGAAUGAAGGAAAGCCAGCAAGAGAUAAAGAGAGACCUGUUCAGUCUUUGAAAACAUCAAGAGACACUUCACCCUCAAGUUCUUCAACAGUUCCUUCAUCAAAGGUGUUAGACAAACCCAGUAAGCUAACUCAAAAGGAACUUGCUGAGGCUGCAAGCAAGUGGGCUGCUGAGAAGCUAGAAAAGGCAGAUGAAAGUAACUUACCUGAAAUUUCCGAGUAUGAGGCAGGAUCCACAGCACCAUUGUUCAUUGACCAGUCAGAAGAACCUGAGUCAAAUGCAGCAGACGGCAUAGAAUUAUUUGAAGAUAGUCAGCUAAACAGCCGCUCCAAAGCAAUAGCAUCAAAAACCAAAGAGAUUGAACAGGUUUACCGACAAGACUGUGAAACUUUUGGGAUGGUUGUGAAGAUGCUGAUUGAAAAAGAUCCUUCAUUAGAAAAGUCCAUACAGUUUGCAUUGAGACAGAAUUUACAUGAAAUAGGCGAGCGGUGUGUGGAAGAACUCAAGCAUUUCAUUGCAGAGUAUGACACCGCUAGUCAAGACUUUGGAGAGCCUUUUUAAAAAUUUACUUGCUCAGGCCAAAAAAAAAGGGUACUAGAUAGUCCCUCUCCCCCACUGGAUUGUGUAAAUCCUUAAAAUAUGGAUUUUUUUUUUUUUUUGAUGGAGAGAAAUACUUUAUGAUAGUUGACCACAAUUCCAAUAUCAAAUAAACAUCUAAAAUAGUCUUAAGAUAUUUUAAUUAGAAUUUGUUUUAUCUACGUGUAGAGCCUUCUAAUUAAUUACUUACCUUUUCCCCCCCUCUAAAAUGAUGGGUCAAGUAAUGUUUCAAGUCCUGGAGAACAGCUUUCCUGUACUUAUUCAUGUGCUAUAGUCUUCCAUAGUAUGUGAUCAUUUGUUUGGUCACACUAGUGUAAUUUUUAGAGAUCAUUCCACUUAAACAUUUAUAAGAUUUUUGCAUUUCAUAGUCAUUGAUACCAUGUGAAAAUGUUAGAAUUCUAAGUUGUGAUCUUAUUGACUUGUUGCUUGCUUAUCUUAGGCUUUGUAAGUUUUAAUAUGUUUAAGUAUAAGAUGCAAAUACAGUGGGGCCUUGACUUACAAGUGUCCCGACUAACGAGUUUUUUGAGAUACCAGCUGUCUCUCGGCCGAUUUUUUGCAUUGAGAUGAUAGAGCAAUUUGAGUUAAAGAGCUCCUUAACGAGCUCGGUCUCAGAACGAAUUAAACUCGUAAGUCAAGGCCCCACUAUAUACUGAAUACCUUGGUAUCUUAGAGAAUAUUUGCUUUGAGUAUAAAUUUUCAUUGCGGUAACUGGAGCACUUAAAUCUCUUAAAAGACACCUCACAAUAAAAUCCUGUUUUCUAAGUAAAUGAACCUAAAUUAAUGUCUUCUAUGAAAAUAAUCCUGAAAUUCUUGUGUGUAUCUUAGACAACAUCAUAUAUAGGUAAUUUGAGAUGAAAGAUGAGGGCCAUUUUAAAGCUUAAAUUUCUUUUAAAAUUUCUGAUUGAAAGAUAAAAAUUUAGAAUUUGAGGCAGUAGUAGAGCUACAUUUUUUUUUCCAUUGGCCCAUAUUCCCUAUCUCAAGAAUGAAGACCGGUAACAUAUCCAUAAUUAAACUAUUUACGAUUAUGUCUUUGUUAAUCUCUUUGUAUUCUAAAAAGUUCUUUCUUUUGCUGCUUUUCUAAGGGGUUCUUAACCCUUCAAAAGUGUUCUUGGAAGAAACAAAGCAGAGUAGGUAAUAAGCCUGGCACAAUGACCUUUCAUUUCACCAAGCAGUCUGUGGAAACCAUCCUUUAUGAGCUAGCCAUCCAAAUAACAGGUUAGUUAGGAAUCUAACUGGGACGAUUAGGAUAUUCCACUCAUUUCCUGAUCACUUCCAGCUGUCCAGAGGCAUUUAGCCAAAAUAUGUAAUUUUGUAGCAUUAGUUAGGAAACCUUAAAAAUUAUGUUUGUUAUUACUACCCAGUAUCAUUAUCCUCCCAUCCUCUUUCCAUUACCACUCUUCUCACCUGAAUUCUGGCAUCAUUUUUAGUGGCCUUUAUUGAUACUAUCUUAACAGCUACCCAGCGUAGAUAAACAUUUUAUUAAAUGUGGAAAUAAUAUAAAUAAUUUUAGCAGAUCCUAUAAUAGGUACGUCAAAAAAUGUAUUAUGCCAUUCCACAAAUUUAAAAUUGAAGGCAACAAUUAUUUUCUUAAGUUUCCUAUAUAAUACCUUGAAUUUUAAUUAUUGCCAUUUAGAUGUUGUACAUAGCCAAAACUCAACCCCACAUAUCAUCUCUGGUAUCCUUUAUUAAAAUGAGCAAUGAUUUUGUUUGUUACAAUCACCGUAGAAAGAAUAAAAGUACUGAUUUUGUUUCUCCCCUGUCCCCAUGUGUUUCUUCUCCUUCAGUGUUGUAGUUCCAGGAUCCAUUUUCCUUAGUCGAGAUGUCACAAUUUAAUAAAUAAACUUGAGAAACUACCAUGGAGGCAAAAGAGUUGUUCACUUUUUUGAAAUUCAUUAAAUUAUAGGACUUUUACUCAAAUGCAUUUAAAUGUAGGUUCAACAGAUAACAUUUAAACAUUAAAGCGGUUUAUAAUAAGCUUGCCACCAGCUUUAUUCUGGUAGGUUUGUCAGUGUUAAAUCUGUGUUUUUUUGUUUUUUUCUUUAAGCUUUAAAGUCUAAUUUUAGGAUAAAUUCAGAUGUGUACCAGCAUGUGUAUUUUGCAAAAUGUUCUUCAUUAAAAAAAUGUGUUUGUAAAUUAUCCAUUGUUUGUGAGUCUGCCCAGCUGAUGUGAUAACAUUUUCAUUGUCUUAUAAAGCCUUGGUGAUCAAAAGGGGAAAGCAGAUAUUGUGAAGCUUUUUGUGAAUUUGAAAAGUACAAAAUAAAGCAACUAGGUUUAAAUAAUCA